AUGUCGGACCUCUACACCGAACUCACAGCCCCCAAUGGGCUCAAAUACACGCAGCCGCUGGGCCUGUUCAUCAACAACGAAUUCGUCCCCUCCACGUCAGGCAAAAAGAUCACAACAAUAGACCCCGCAACCGAAAAAGAAAUCACCACCGUCCACGCCGCCUCCGCCACCGACAUCGCCACCGCCGUGCGCGCCGCCCGCACCGCCCUCACCAACCCCACCUGGAAAGCCAUGGACCCGACCACCCGCGGCGACCUGCUCCACAAGCUCUCCACGCUCCUCGAAUCCCGCCGCCACCUCUUCGCCACCGUCGACACGUGGGACAACGGCAAGCCUUACACCGUCACGCACGACGACGACCUGCCCGAAGCCUUCAACACGCUGCGCUACUACGCCGGCUGGGCCGACAAGCUGGCCGGGCAGACCAUCGCGACGGGCCCCACCAAAUUCGCCUACACGCUGCGCCAGCCCGUCGGCGUCGUCGCGCAGAUCAUCCCGUGGAACUACCCGCUCGCCAUGGCGGCGUGGAAGCUGGGCCCGGCGCUGGCGUGCGGGUGUACCGUCGUGCUGAAGCCGGCGGAGCAGACGCCGCUGUCGGCGCUGCUGCUGGCCGAGGCGGUGCGCGAGGCCGGGUUCCCGCCGGGGGUGGUGAAUGUGGUUAAUGGGUAUGGUGCGGAGGCGGGCAGGGCGCUGGCGGAGCAUGCGGAUGUGGAUAAGGUUGCGUUUACGGGGUCGACGGCGACGGCGAGGGAGAUUAUGAGGGCGGCGGCGGGGACGCUGAAGAAUGUUACGCUGGAGACGGGGGGGAAGAGCCCGGCGUUGAUGUUUAAGGAUGCGGAUAUCGAGCAGGCGGUCAAGUGGACGCAUGUGGGGAUUAUGGCGAAUCAGGGGCAGGUGUGUAGCGCGACGUCGCGGAUUUUUGUGGAGGAGGGGGCGUAUGAGGAUUUUGUGGCGAGGUUUAGGGAGACGGUGAGGGAGGUGAGCGUGGUGGGGGAUCCGUUUGAUGAGAGGACGUUCCAGGGGCCGCAGGUCACGAAGCAGCAGUAUGAGAGGGUGUUGAAGUAUGUGGAGUUAGGGAAGAGCGAGGGCGCGACGCUGGUGGCUGGCGGCGAGCCGUUGCGGGAGAAGGCGACGGCGGAUGGGAAGGGCUUCUUCGUUGCGCCGACGAUUUUUACGGAUGUCACGGAGCAGAUGGCCAUCUAUCAGGAAGAGGUUUUCGGGCCGUUCGUGGUUAUCGGGAAGUUCAAGACGGAGGAAGAGGCACUGAGGCUGGCGAACAACACGACGUACGGGCUCGGAGCCGCCGUGUUUACGAAGGAUUUGGAAAGAGCUACCAGAGUGGCGAGGGAGAUUGAAAGCGGAACGGUUUGGGUGAACAGCAGCAAUGACUGCGAUUACAGAAUUCCGUUUGGUGGGGUGAAGCAGAGCGGCGCAGGCCGCGAAUUGGGCGAGGCCGGCUUGGAGGCUUAUACGCAGGUCAAGGCAGUACACAUUAACAUGGGAAGCAAACUUUGA